UAAGAAGUACACACAGCACAUCAUUUAAUACUUUGUGAAAUUUUCUAUACAAGCUAAUUCUAUAUUACUGAAAUGUCUCGCAAAAAUUGGUCUGUUAUUUCUACAAUUCUUGUCAAAGACGAUAUUUCAUCAUUCAUCAAAAGUCAUAAUGUUUGUAAGUUUCGUAUGAAGCAUUUUAUUUCUCGUCACAUAAUCAUGAACUACGUGCUGAUACAACUCGUCUCUCCUCUCCUCUGCGGCAUAAUAUUCGCGAUAUGGCUGACAAUGGCUUGACACCAUUACAGAUUAAAAAGGUUGUGAAAGUUUUGCAUCCCGAUCUAUCGAUAGAUUCAAAAAUAAAAAGUGUCGUUGAGUAUAGGCAACAGGAAAAUCGGUCAUGUAUCAAAUUUACCGAAGAAUUACGUGCGUGGUGUUUGCAACGAACUGCCAUUCCAGGUCCAAUAGAUAUGCACGAAAUAUUUGUACCAUAUUUUCAUGUUGUCGAUGUUAACAACACAUUUAUAUUUAUGACAACACGUCAGUUACUAUCAACAUGUCUACAUUCUUCUGUAUUGGCCAUUGAUUGUACUUACAAAGUAACAUCUAAUGCUUUGCCAUUAUCAGUAUUUGGAACAUCCGAUAUGAAUCGGAAAUUUUAUCCUAUGGGGCUAUGUCUUAUCUCUACGGAUGAGUCCGCUACCACGUACAAAACAUUUUUUCGAGAACUUCAAGUGUGUGCAAGCCGGAUUAAUUAUCAAACAUAUACCAUUUCACAUGCCAUGGCAGAUGGUGCAGCUGGAAUUACCAGUGCAAUGUCUGAACUACCACUUGGUAAUAUUCCGUGA